CAGCACCAGCUUUUUUAUAGGACACCUUCUCCUUCUCUAACAGCAGAUUCGUCAAAAUACGUCCAAGCAAGGAAACCUAGAAGGGCGUCUGGCCAGGAUAAAGUCUAAGCCAAGGCGGGCCUCUCGUCGCGUCCCCGCCUUGGAGUUUCCUGUGGCGUGAGCGGCCCGGGCAUCCGUGUCGAAAGUGCGGUGGCGGAACAGGCGCGUAGGCGAAGAGCGGCGCAGGCGCAGACGCGCGGGCGGGAAGAUGGCGGCUGGGUUCAAAACUGUGGAACCUCUGGAGUAUUACAGGAGAUUUCUGAAAGAGAACUGCCGUCCUGAUGGAAGAGAACUUGGUGAAUUCAGAACCACAACUGUCAACAUAGGUUCAAUUAGUACUGCAGACGGUUCUGCUUUAGUGAAGUUGGGAAACACUACAGUAAUCUGUGGAGUUAAAGCGGAAUUUGCAGCACCACCAACAGAUGCCCCUGAUAAAGGAUAUGUUGUUCCUAAUGUGGAUCUACCACCCCUGUGUUCAUCGAGAUUCCGGUCUGGACCUCCUGGAGAAGAAGCCCAAGUGGCUAGCCAGUUCAUUGCAGAUGUCAUUGAAAAUUCACAGAUAAUUCAGAAAGAGGACUUAUGCAUUUCUCCAGGAAAGCUUGCCUGGGUUCUAUACUGUGAUCUCAUUUGCCUUGACUAUGAUGGAAACAUUUUGGAUGCUUGCACAUUUGCUUUGUUAGCAGCUUUAAAAAAUGUACAGUUGCCUGAAGUUACUAUAAAUGAAGAAACUGCUUUAGCAGAAGUUAAUUUAAAGAAGAAAAGUUAUUUGAAUAUUAGAACUCAUCCAGUUGCAACUUCCUUUGCUGUGUUUGAUGACACUUUGCUUAUAGUUGACCCUACUGGAGAGGAGGAACAUCUGGCAACAGGAACCUUAACAAUAGUAAUGGAUGAGGAAGGCAAGCUCUGUUGUCUUCACAAACCAGGUGGAAGCGGGCUAACUGGAGCUAAACUUCAGGACUGUAUGAGCCGAGCAGUUACAAGACACAAAGAAGUUAAAAAAUUGAUGGAUGAAGUAAUUAAGAGUAUCAAACCCAAAUAAAUGUCCACCACAUUUUCAAAACAGAUUUGUAAAAACUGUAUUUGUUAACACUGUGCACAAAUGUUUUGUACUAAAUAAAUCUCAAACUACAUUCUCCUGGAAGAUAUUUCUAGUAUUUCUUAGAUCACUUCCAUAUAUAUUAUGUAUAGUGAAACCAUUUUUAAAAAGGAAUGACUUAGGCAAACCAACCCUAGUUUGUUAAACCAUUUCCCUGUUUUUAUUUAAAAAUGAUAAGGUUGUGCUUCUGUAUAAAGUUUGUACAUCUAGCAAUGUAAAAUACUGACACAUU